CCGCCGGCCGGAAGAAGGCCUGGCCGAGCAGGAUCCCACGUGUCCUGGCCCCACGGGACUACCUUUCCCAGCGGCCACCGCGGCCCGCGCCUGCGCACACACCCCGCUGAGGCUGUCCGCCCGGCGGCACUCUGGGCACCGGCAUGGCGGCGGCCGGUGGGGGGGCCCGACCCCGAGACUGCGGCUGCAAAGGGGUCCGGACCUGCCUGGUGUGCGAGCGGGAGCGAGGUGGCGGCCCGCCCGGAGCUGUGGCCCCUCAGAAGACGGCCCAUUUUAUCUACUGUUUAGAGACCGGCUUAGCCAUGGGAAAGGAGAAAUCAGAGUUUGCUGGCUGGGCUUUUCCUUUCCCAGGAGUGGCUCUGAUAAAGGACUUUGUUACUGCUGAGGAAGAGGCUGAACUGGUUCGAUUAAUGGAUCAGGACGACUGGAAGCUUUCACAGUCUGGAAGGAGGAAACAGGACUAUGGUCCCAAAGUCAACUUCAGGAAGCAGAAGCUCAAACCUGGUGCUUUUGAUGGCCUGCCCAGCUUCAGCCGGGAGAUCGUGCAGAGGAUGGGGGCGCACCCCCUCCUGGAGAGGUUCCUGCCGGUCGAGCAGUGUAACCUGGACUACCACCCCGAACGAGGCUCUGCGAUCGACCCCCACUUGGACGACUCUUGGCUCUGGGGAGAGCGGCUGCUCAGCCUCAAUCUGCUCUCGCCCACGGUGAUGUCCAUGUCUCGGGACUGUGAUGAGAUGCUUCAGUUACUCUCCGCGGCCCCGAGGGGAAUGAGAAACUCUGUGCAGAAGGACACAAAGGCAGGAGACCCUGAGGACGCCCAGGUCACCCGGAGGGCUGUUGUGUGUGACCAGGUGGAGGUGGCCAUUCACUUGCCUGCCAGGUCCCUGCUCGUGUUGUUUGGAGCUGCCCGCUAUCAGUGGAAGCACGCCAUCCACCGCCAGCACAUCCAGAGCCGCCGAAUCUGUGCCACCUUUCGGGAGCUGUCGGCCGAGUUCUGUCCUGGAGGGAAGUGGGGGGAACUAGGGCAGGAACUCCUGCAAAUAGCUCUGUCGUUCCAAGGAAAACCCGUGUGACAAGGCCAGAGGAAGGGAGCCGGCACCCAGAUUUGUCACGAAACAAGUCCAGGGCCUGGUGGCACUGCUGCACCUGCAAGCCUUGGAUUCGUAACAGGAUGACUUUAGUUGGGCUGCACAGUCUGAAGAAGAGCACUUUGGGAAUUCUCAUCUUGUUGUUGUCUUGGAAAGAAGCCAGGCUGAGGGCCUGGGCAGAGUAAAGGUAGAGCGGGAGAGGGCAGGAAGAAUGGUGAUGCGGCAGCCCUGGCCACGCUGGGGAGGGCUGCUCUACCUUGGCACCCCCUCCUCCCAGCUCGCCUGAGAAGAUCCAGCCCUUUGAUUGGUGGGCCUUUGCCUAUGGAUGUUUCCAUGAGGGGAAAAGGCCCCUAAUUGCAUCUGCUUCACCCAAAUUAGUGUAAGACUCUAGGGGUCAUUCUAAAUAUACACAACAUUCUGUGUGUUAUGGAAGGAUGAGCGUUGCAUUAAACACAUGUUUUUUUAAA